GAUAUUGUGGUGGUGUCCUGCCCCUGCGAACAUUUACACAUAACACACACACUUACACCUACACGUUGCCGGCUCAGCACACCCCUGUUGCAGACACACGCACACAAAUCAUUUGCUCAUUCUUCUCUGUGCCGCGCAAGAGACAAGUCGAAUAAAAAGUUCAAUUUUAGUUUUAGUCGGUAAACUACGCGUUUUACUCCCUGCGGCGAUUCCGUUCCCACAUUGGUGACCCGCGACGCUGAAAGGAAGUGGAAAAUCGACCCCGACGACCGGUCUCCGCGAAACUUCCAGCGAAAUCGGAUUUUUUCUCGCCGCUCGCAACCGACGCCAUCUUGGGGCCCUGACUACGCCACCGCAGACCAAGAUGGAAGCGCAAACACAGACAAACGAGACAAACAAUGCUGCCACCUCGGCUGUCACCGCGGCAGUUGCAGUGAAGCUUCCAGAAUUUUGGAAGAACGACCCAAGGAUGUGGUUUGCUCAAGCAGAAGCACAGUUUGCUCUCGCGGGUGUGGUACAGGACGAAACAAAAUACUACCACAUCAUCAGCAAGCUCGACCAGACUGUCAUUAUCCAAGUGGCCGACAUCGUGACAGAACCCCCGAGAGAAAACAAAUACCCAGCAGUGAAGGGACGGCUGAUCUCACGCUACGAAGUUUCGGCCCAAGGAAAGUUGGAGCAGCUGCUGAACUCUUGCGACCUCGGGGACAUGCGGCCAUCUCAUCUCUUGGCCCGUAUGCUGGAACUCGCAGCUGGUUUGAACGUGAACGAAAGUGUGCUGCGGGUGCUGUUUAUCCAGCGAAUGCCAGAACGCGUCAAGACAAUCCUGUCGAUUUGCGAUGGAAACACGCUGCAGCAACUGGCAAACAUGGCAGAUAAAAUCACCGAUUUUUCACCGUCUGUCGUUGCCGCCACAUCUUCCGCAGCUGUACCCGGGCUUAGCGAUCUCCAGGACCAAAUCGCUCAGCUUACUGCUGAGGUACGUCGGAUGAAGACUUCUGACGGACGCAGCCGAUCUUCUUCCCGAAGCCGUCAGUCUGGUGCCCCGGCGGACAGCGUUUGCUGGUACCACAGGAAGUACGGACGUAACGCACAGCAGUGCCGUGAACCGUGCGUCUUCAAGGACUCAAAAAACUAG